GGACACUCUAGCAACUUUGCAAUUAUGAGUCAAAGACAGGCCGCAGCCCUUGCGGAAGAAAAUCGUAUUCGAGAUGAGCACCAAGCAGCUAUUACCGCCAGACGGGCAGCUGCGGACACAACUGGUCAUGCCGAGACGAAUGGAUAUCGAGGGCCAUCCGUAGAAUCAGAAUCAGAUGAAUACGACCUUGCAGAGGAAUCAGCCGUUGUGCCCGUCGUGUUGUCUGUAAUCGGUUCGAAUUCACAGCAACCUAGUGGUCAUCGAGCACCACCUGCACCACCUGCACCACCUGCAUCACCAACACCACCACCAGCAUAUGUACCAAGCGCACCGCCAUUAGAACUGCCAAUCGUCUCGGUGCCCACGCCUACACAUAAUCCAGCACAGGCUGCACAGCAGUCUACUACUUCUCCUUCAGCCCCCAUAAUAUCACCCGUACCACCAAUAGCACCGCCAACCGUCGGAGGAGCCACACUUGCUCCACAGCACUCACUACUUUUCACACCAAACGACUGGUCUUCAAAUGGUAGUCGUAUUGCUAUGCCACCCAAUAGGAGUCCAGAUCUUAUGAGCUUAGAUGGCUUGAGUAUUGAUGGAUCAUGGAAUACGCACCCCGCUGUUGCUGAUGUAAGGCUAGCAAUUAGGGAUGAACCAGUGAGAGCCCCUUUUAAAAGAGCUCUUCGUACGAGAGGGAACUCUUUUCUCCUUAGUUAA